ACUUUUAGUUCGUUGUCGGUUUUCAAAGUGUGCGGUUCGAAUUGGCGGGUUUACAGCAGCGUUUCUGCCUCUAGAAUGAAUAAAUUCAAUAAGAAUUUAAAGCAUAUGCACAGCGAUACGAUAAGACUUGGCACUCUCCCACACAUACACACGUAUUAAAUGAUUACAGAUAAUUAUGGAAUAAAAUUAUUAAAUAAUAAUCUAAAUCAGUGAAAGAAAUCUUAGAAAAAUAUACAACAAAAUAAAAGUUAAAUAAUGUAAAGUUAAUAAUUUAUAAUAAUCCAAGGUUUUCAAGUACAAUAAUAAAGAGUUGCCGGAUUCUUAAAGCAGUGCCCGUUAUGAAUAUUAACAACAGCUGGCAGCUGCAAUCAAGAGUCGAUUGACACAAUAAACGUCAAUUUGUAAAAAAAAAAAAAAAAAGUAAAGAGAAAUGCUCUUUCCAACCGAUUGCGCCUAAAGUGCAGAGAUGCCUGAAAGGAAAAACUCAGCUCGACGCCAAUGACAUGUGAUUGCGCACGCACCUGACUGAAUUUAGCUACGUGCAGCGUAAGAUAGGAUUGCCUGAAUUUGAAAUUCGCAGCAGCGACAGGCUGCCUGGUGUGCUGGGCGUGCUUGUGCAUUAAAUUCACGCAUCGGCCGAACCCAAUUGCACGGAGCCAAAGCCAAAGGCAGUCCCACAGCAAACACACAUGACCGUGCUACGGGCGGCACCAAGAACGUGACACAUGGCGAUGUACUUUUAUGCCAAUAAGAUAUCGGCCAUUGUCUGCGGCGCGCGUUGCAAGCAAGCCGUGCUGCAAAAGUCGCGUGGAUCGCGGGAUCGAGACAAGGACAAAUGCCGGCGACAUCGCCAUCGACAUCGGAGCAGACGACGCACCAGCCGCUGCCCAGAGAGCAGCUCCGACAGCGAGACGAGCGCCGACGACGGCUGCUGUGGCCACGACAACGUCCUGGACGAUGCCACAGCUCAGCCAGAUGUGGGCAUUUUUCUGCUCAAUGCCAGCAGCGCGAAUGCAGAGGCCGCACAGCUGGGCCUCGAGCUGGGCUUCACCAACGAGGGCAUGCGACUGCGGCGUCGCCACAGCGCCGAGCAACUGAGUGCACACGAUUUGGAGCUGGGACUGCAGCAGUUCAAGCUCGCAGCAAAGGAUGACCCCGUUCAGUAUGAUGUGCCCAAAAAUACGCACAAGCGCAGCCAAUGUGAUAUCAACUUUGAGAGCUCUGUUUUGGGUGCCGGCGGCAUCAUGUAUAUAAAUGGUAAAAUUGUUUCCGGCCCUCUUGAAUCAUUCCCCGAGGUGCUCAAUCCCAAAAAUGUCAUGGACUUAGAUAAGGAAUUUCUGUUCUCAUUUUUAUUGUCGUCACGUCUGUUCAUGCGGCCUCACGAGCUGCUCGGCAAACUGCUGGCCUCGGUGGCCGAGGGCAAGUGUUUGGAGACAUUGGUCGCCCUGUUGGCCGAGUGGACGCAGAAGUUCCCAUACGAUUAUCGUGACGAGCGCAUGAUGAAUCAUGUAAAACAUAUCGUUGCUAGAUGUUCCAAUUCACAUUUAGAAGCCAUAGUCUCCCAAGUACUAAGUGCCUUACUUCAACGUUUGACUGAUUUAGAGCAGCACGAAGCCGAUCUGCGUGCCUGCCAGACCAGCAGUGACAAGGUCGUUGCACCAAUCAACUGCCCCACAGCCACUCAAUAUGCACAAAUAUUGUGCCGACUGGAAAAGAAGCUGGCCAAGCACAUUGGCCCAGAGGAGUUUGUGCAGUGCAGCAGCAUGGUGCUGUUGGAUAAGCAGAAAAAAUGGGACCAACCUAUCUCAUCGAGCGGACCGCCAGGUGUCCAGGACCCGAAGAAGACCUGUAAUCUGGAAACGUAUCUGGACUGGUCGGCACGUCUGCGCCUGUUUGUCUGCAACGAGAUACUGCAGUGCACCGGAAUUGAGGACCGCAGCCGAACGGUUGAGCUAUGGAGCGGCGUUGCUCAGUACUGUCUGCUCGUGGGCAAUUACAACAGCGCCACGGCCAUCUUGGAGUCACUCGAAUCACCUGCCAUAGCGAGACUUAAAAUAACGUGGAGCAAAUUGCAAGUGACAUGUCAACAAUUGGAUUGCAUGCAACGGCAUGCCGAAGGACACGGGCAUUUAUGGCAGAAGCAGGCAAUCGUUCUAAAUGAGCAGCAGCAAAGUCUAAAGACUGAUAAGCAGCCUAGGGCCGCAUCAUCAACAUCAUCAUCAUCGAUAGCGAAAAACUCAUCAGCAACAUCAUCGGCAGCAGUGGAAGUAGCAGCAGCACCGACAACAACAACAACAACAACUAUAAACCCCUCCAUCUCCUCGUCAUCCGCUGCUCUGGAAGAUUUGGUUGAGCAGCCAUCGACAAGUGCCAGUGGGCAGCCAGUUGGCAUAACAGGCAUUUCCGGUUUCAAUGCAAUGCCAGCGUCAUUGGAGAAGGCGUCGCUAGAGGUGCCCACGGCUGGCAGCAGCAGCAGCAGCAGCAAUGUAGAGGCAGCCACAGUCACACCAACACCAACACCAACAACAACAGCAGCAGCCCCAACUAUUUGUGGCAAGCCCAAUGAUUGGGUUGUUAUUCCAGUGUUUGCGGAUAUUGUUAAAUUGGCGCUGGCCGAACGGGAAAAUUGUUUACAAUGCUUACCGAAUGGCCACAUCAAUGUGAUUGCCUUCGAUCGAAUGGCGGCCAUUGUGGGCGCCUUUACCAAGCACAUGCAGGCAAUGAAACCGACACAGGCGCCAUCUAGCGGCGAGUACGAGCACUUCUGCACCCAUAUGCAGCGAACUACGAAACUUAGCGAAGCGGAGCUUAUGAUGGCAUCAUUCGAUUGCGAGGAACCAAACAAUGCUGAGAAGCUAAUGUAUGACCUAAAUUAAAUAAAAUUUAAUAACUAAAGUAAUAUAACGCAAUAACAUCGCAUGGAGGCCAAGGAGGCGUACCUCAUAGGGCACAGCUGCUGACUGCUUCUACAGGGUAUUCCCAGCGCGAUCCUUAUUGUUCAGGCGUCUCAAGUCGACUCACUUCCUCCCCGUGGGGGCCUCCGGUAACGUUUUGACGAGCAUCCCUAAUGCCUCCAAAGCGGCCAAAGUGAGCGGCGAUCAGAUCUGCACAGAUGUUGAUGUCGGUGUCCUGGAAUAAGAGGCAUUCAUCUAAUUUCUUAAUGUGACUACUAAUUGAGCUCAAUGUGAAUAAAGUGUAAAAACCAAUAACAAUUUAUAUAAAUAUAUAUGUAUAUUAGUUCUCCUGAUUGUUAUAGGUUGCGAUUAUUGUUAAGUUUGUAAAAACAUAUAUGUUUAAAUAUACUAUAAAUAAAUAUAUAUUUUAAAUUCUGACAA